CGUAGAGUGCUGGAUGAGGUUGAACCCCCGCCACCCACAUACGCCGAUUUGUCGACGUUUACGCGGGAUGAGUGGCAGGAAUUCAGGCGCAACGGUGCGCGCCGCGAAUUCGUGGGGGAGGAAGCCAUUGCCGAACACCUGAUCGCCAAAACGCGGGCACAGGCUCGGAGAAAAAAGCGGC